AUGCGGUUCUUUGGCUACUUGAGCAUUGCAGCAUGCUGCGCCCUUGUUUCUGCGGCGCCGGCGCCUUCAAAUCAUCGUCUGCAUGAGAAGCGCAAUGGCCACCCCCACGAGUGGACAAAGCGGUCGCGCGCUCACGGUCAGAAAAUCCUUCCCAUUCGUAUUGGUCUCCAGCAGCGCAAUCUCCACCUUGCGGAUGAAUUUCUUAUCGAUGUCUCCGAUCCUGCGUCGCCAAACUUUGGCAAGCAUUGGAGUGCCGAAAAGAUCGCCAAUACUUUUGCGCCAUCCCGAGAGGCCACGGACACUGUUACCAACUGGUUGUUGGACUCUGGCAUCGAUGCCUCUCGUUUGACAUACUCAACUGGCCGCAACUGGAUCCAGUUUAACGGCACCUUGGAGGAGGCUGAGCGCCUGUUCAACACCGAGUACCAUUUCUUCGAGCACAAGCAAACCGGUGGCUUCCGCAUUGCUUGCGAUGAGUACCAUCUCCCAAUGCACGUCAGCAGUCAUGUUGAUUUUGCAAUGCCGACCAUCCAACUUGACGGCCUCCGUCCCAUCGCCAACCUCGAUCCUGCCCUGACCGCGCCAAGCCCUCUCACCGGGCUUACGGGCACGAAAAAUUGCAACGAGCUGAUCACCAUCGACUGCCUGCGCGCCCUCUACAGCUUCAGCUUCCUCAACUCCAGCCUCCCCGGGAACGAAAUGGGCAUCGCCGAAUGGGCCGACUAUCUCUACGACCCCGACCUUGUCCCCUUCUUCCAGAACUGGACCUCUCCACAGAUCCCCAGCAACACGCUCCCCGAAUUCAUCAGCAUCGACGGCGGCAAAGCUUCCAACGCCACCCAGGCCGAAGCAGGCAAUGUCAUCGAGUCCGCGCUCGACUUCCAGACCGCCUACUCCAUCAUCUGGCCCCAAAAGCUCCGCCUGUACCAAGUCGGCGACGGCGUCAACGUGGACAGCGUCGGAACCUUCAACAUCUUCCUCGACGCGCUCGACGCCAGCUACUGCACCUACAAGGGCGGCGACGCGCCGUACGUCGACCCGGCCUACCCCGAUCCCAACCUCGGCGGCUACACCGGGCCCCUGCAAUGCGGCGGCGCGCCCGUCUCGAACGUCUUCUCAUUCUCAUACAACCAGAUCGAAGCUGCGCUACCCGAGUUCUACCAGCGGAGGCAGUGCCACGAGUGGAUGAAGCUCGGAUUGCAGGGCGUCAGCGUGCUCUUCGCCAGCGGUGACUCCGGUGUUGCCAACCGGUACAACGCCGGCUACGAGAACAGCUGCUUGAAUACCGACGAGCCGUACGUCGACGUCAACGGCACGCGGUUCUCCCCGUCGUUUCCGUGCAACUGCCCCUACGUCACCGUCGUCGGCGCAACGCAACUCGCCACGUCCUCCAUCACCGGCGGCGAAGUCGCCGUCGCGAAACCAAACCUAACAAACCACAAGCUGGACUACUACAGCGGAGGCGGUUUUUCUAACAUCUUCACCGUCCCCGACUACCAGAAGUCCGCCGUAAGCGGCUACCUCUCUUCGUACCCACCACCCUACAACGCCAAAACCUACAACAACAGCGGCACGUCUCGCGCGUACCCGGACGUCUCGGCGCUCGGCCUGAACAUCACGACCGUCUACCUGAACCAGACGUACGGCGUGGGCGGGACGUCUGCCAGCACGCCCAUCGUCGCGUCGUUGGUCAACCUGCUGAAUGAGGAGAGGAUGCAGAGGGGGAAGGGGCCGGUGGGGUUUUUGAAUCCGAUCUUUUAUGCGCACCCGGAGGCGUUUAAUGAUAUCACGGAGGGGGCUAACCCGGGGUGUGGGACCGAGGGCUUUGCGGCAAGGCCGGGGUGGGAUCCGGUUACGGGGUUGGGCACGCCGAGGUAUGAGAAGUUGAGGGAAAUCUUUUUGGGGCUGCCGUGA